AGCCAGUUAUAGCAGCUAGAAAUAGGAUCCUGAACGUGGAAAUAAUAUCCUUUCUGUGCACUCGUGACAAAUCGUUCCCAUCACCUGGUCUUCGUCUGAAAUGGUCACAUCAGCAAGUUUGUGGCAACCUGGCCUAUAGCCAAAUUUUCCAAUGACAGCAUGUUCACAUCACCUACCCCUCAAGCCAAAUUUUUUCUCGAUGUGACGAUCAAGUCAUCUGGAUCGUAGGGGAUCAUAUCCUUUGUCGUAACUGUGGGGCAGAAUUAACCGAAAAUACGAAGGAAAAUUUUGUCAAUGUCACUAGCCCUCAUUCGGAGUCCAGUCACUGGUUGUCUGUCCUUGGCCAUUCUCAUUUGAUGGUUCAGACUCUGCGAAACCCAGCUGAUAUAGCUUUUGACCUUGUCACUGUGAAAAGAACUGGAUGUUCAGGCGUUGGAGAGUGGUAUAGUGACCAUUCUUGGUUUCCUGGCUAUUCGUGGAAGAUCUGCGUCUGUCCUCGCUGCAAGGCACAUCUUGGCUGGAUCUUUGAACCAAUAGAAAAUACCAAGCCCAGCCAGUACAUAGCUUCAAGCAAGGGAUUCUAUGGACUUAUUUUAGAAAAAUUAAUAAGUGAAGACUUUUCAGACUCCUUGCUCAUUGGACUUCCCAAACGACAAAGAUAUUAACUAUGGCUGAGGAGAGGCAGGAUGUAUGUGUUGGUGAGGUAAACAUGGUGGAACUAGACACAGAGUUUUUGAAAAAACUGGAGGAACAAGCCAAAGAUCGCUACACAGAAAAUGAUGAGAAUUUCUUGGAGUAUUGCAGCAAACCACCACCAAAACCUCCAAUUCUUCCUGCUGAAAGAUUUGAAAGGAAUAGGCGGGGUGGAUUUAGGGGACGCUCUGAUAACCACCAUGGCAGACAGGCAGGGUAUAAUCGUAACAGGUACAAUAGAAGGGACUUUGGAGAGGACCGGAGGAGAAACUGGGGGGGUGAGAGGAGGGAUUUUGGAGGAGAAAGGAGGGACUACAGUGGUGACAGGAGGGACUUUGGAGGGGAUAGGAGGGACUUUGGAGGGGAUAGGAGGGAUUUUGGAGGGGAUAGGAGGGAUUUUGGAGAGGACAGGAGGGAAUUUGGAGGAGAGAGGAGAGAAUUUGGAGGAGAGAGGAGAGACUUCAGAGGUGAUCGAAGGGACUUUGGAGGGGAAAGGAGGGACUUUGGAGGGGAAAGGAGGGACUAUAGGGGUGAAAGAAGGGAAUAUGGAGGUGAGAGGAGGGACUACGGAGGGGAGAGGAAAGACUUCGAAGGUGACCGAAGAAACGACCGAAGGGACUUUGGUGGAGGAAGAGACCAAGAGUACAGAGAUGAUAGGAGAGGCGAGAAGAGGCCGCACUCCGGGUAUUCUGAGGACCACAGGGGCAGUGGAGAAGGCUAUUACUAGAAGAUUUCAUGAUCUUUCAUAUCUUGUAAUGAUAAGGCUCUGUUAUAAAAGUGUCUUUUCAUGAAUUACCGUUUUGCAUGCUAGCCAUAUAUACUUCUCUUUAUUCUUCUAUGGAGCAGGACUUGGUUCUUCUUCAUUGGCUAUUCUAGCAGCCAGUUUUGUACUUCAGGUUAAGAAUGCCAUUUAUUUUUGUUUAUUAAAAGAGAUAUGAAAUACAUGGUUAUGAUUCAUCAAUGUUUUUUGAGAUAAAAGCUAUAAAGGCUGCUUGGUUUGGUUUCAUUUGCCAUAUUUAUGACUUUCAAAUAUGUAAAAGAGAAAAAAAUGUAAAAACUUUGGAUAAAAUGUAUAUUUUUCCAGCAAAA